GGUUUAUACUAAGUCAAAAUUGGUGGCCAUCUUCUUCGCUGUUGCAGUACACAAACCUUGCUUGCUUGACAAAGUACACAGUGCUUAUGCUCAUCAAAGUUCAGAGUUGGCAACAGAAGGCAAAGCCAUGGAAGGAUUUUUACUGUCACUUUCACUUGCGCGAUUGAUCCAGUCUGAGUCAGUUAAGCCAACAGACUAUAGAAUAGCAUUUCUUAAAUUGACUUGCAUGAAGGGAAUUUUGCAAGAAAAGAAAAAGAAUCAGCAGGUUAUGGCCGUUGAAUAUUAUACCCUCUUUUCUGAAGCAAAUAAUGCACUGUGAUUAAUCAUGUGGAUGUGGGACAGCUUACUAACUGAUUGACCAAGACUUAGAAGUUGGAAGCAGCAGCUUGCUUGGAAUUGUAGCUCUUCAUUCCCUUUUCCUGAUUUUUCUUCAAAAAGGGAAAUUCCAAGACAAAAAUGGUGGCUAUCACCUUCUCUCUUCCCCAAUGCAAACCUCCGGCAGGUGCUCGUGAAAGAACAUAGUUUUCUUUUGUCGAUUUUUUGUUAGAAGAUCUCCCCUGAGAAAAAACACAGUGCUCAUGCCCGUCGAAAUUCAUAGUUGGCUGCAGCAGCCAAAGGUACGAAAAUUUUUGUGUUUUGUUUCAUCUAUUGUUGGGCUGAUUUGUUAUGCUCUCAGUUCCUCUUUCAAUAAAUUAUUUGGAAAAUGGACCUGGUGGAAUAUACUACUUUAUAUUGUUUUUUGUCUCUGCAUCAUCUUCUACCUUGUCUAUAUGUUGGCAAACACAUGGGAGCCCUCUUUGACCUCUUCCCGGUUGAAAGCUCAUUCAGCCUUUUUGGUUUUGCUUAUGACUUCUGUAUACUCCUUUUUCGUUGAUAAAGAAUUGCAAGGGAAACCAGAUGUAUAUAGCCUAGUUUCGUCUGCUGCAUUUGCUAUCGCGUCUUUGGGAUUGUCAACUCUGACUACCUUAGGAUUCGAGGUUGAUCUCUUGUAUUUUUUCAGCGGUGUUCUAAUAGUACAACUCAUGAAAAUUAAUUUAUGGUUGGUCAUUGUUGGAGGGGGUUUCAGUUAUUUCCUCAUCAUUCUUCGGUCUACUUUAGAAAAUGAGUAUAAUCAAAUCCAAGACAUUGAAAUUGGUCUGCAUCGACCAUCACAAGGAACUAACGUUUCUCAAGUGUCUUCUUCACCCCAAGCUAUUGGUAAUGCUCAUCCACAAGCUGAUGCUAGUCAGGUCACCCAAGUUGCUUUAAGUUCACAACAAGGCAAUAGGCAUAGAGGUCUUAUCAGGGCCCGGUAUAUGAGUCAUAUAGAGGAGCUUAAGAAGGAGAAUGGGAAGCUCAUCGACACAAUUUCCAAGCAUGUCGGCGAAUACCUUAUGGCUAAUGUUGUGAACGAAGACGGUAUUUCAGUGCCGGAAAUGCAAGCAGAUGACAACUUGGUGGCGGAUGUGUUGCCACAAGGAAUCAUCAACAACCUUCGUGAAACCGGGAGGCUGAUGUUACAGAAUGAGUGCUGCAAUGUGUACAGCAGGGUCCGGAGGGAGUUUCUGAAAGAGUGCCUAUCAAAAUUUGGGUUGCAAGUUGAAGAGCUAAACGUGGAGGACAUUGACAAGAUGGAGAAGAUUGAGAGUUGGAUAAAAGCUUUGAACAUAACCGUGAGGAUACUCUUUCCCAAUGAAAGGAGACUUUGCGAUCUUGUCUUCUCGCCAUCUUAUGCUGCAGAUAUCUCUUUCGGGGAGGUUUGCAAGGAACUGAAUAUUAGUCUACUGAGAUUCGCGAAUACCUUAGCAACUGAGAAUCAUUCGCCGUUUCAUUUGUGCCAUCUCAUCCCCAAAGUGUUCAAGACUUUGAGUGACCUGAUUCCAAAUUUCAAUUCACUGUUUUAUGGUCAGUUGUUCAGUGAAUCACUCAGAAAUGACGCGGUCCUUGUUGGGAAGAGAUUGGGGAUUUUUGUGGAGUUGGAGAGUCUUAUUCACCGUGAGAUGCCAAAGGAGACUGUUCCAGACGGCGGAAUUCAUCCAACUACUCACAAAGUAAUGGACUACCUCAGAGAUGUUUUCAUAGAUAAUCAGAGUUUUUCAAUUAGAACGGGAGUAUCUUCAUUUUCUGACCAGGUAGCCAGGAUAAUACAAGUGUUAGACAGCAGUUUGGAAGCCAAGUCCAAAAACUAUACAGACCCUGCAUUGGGCCAUGUUUUCAUGAUAAAUAAUCUGAUGCUUUUACAAUAUGAGAAAUAUAUAUAUAGAGUAGUCAUUUUUGGUGAAGAUUGGUACAAAUCAAAGAUCAACCAAAACAUUGAACUCUAUCAAAGAAGCUCAUUGGAUAAGAUAUUGGACUUUUUAAAUCUAGACAGCAAUGAGUUGUUGCUAGCAGAGUCGAUGAAAAAGAAGCUCAAAUUGUUCAACCAGCACUUCAACGAGAUAUGCAAAGCUCAGUCUGAAUGGCUUAUCUUUGAUGAGCAGCUAAAGGAACAGAUGAUAAAAUCCAUAGAAAACAAAUUGUUGCCGGCGUAUGGAACCUUUCUUGGAAGGAUUCAUGAUGUUCUUGGUAAGGAUGCUUAUGACUUCAUUAGGUAUGGAAUACAGAACAUUCAAGACCUACUGAGCGGUUUGUUUCUUGUAAUCCAACAUGAAGUUAUCAUCCAUGAGUAUAAUCAUAUACAAAAAAGGAAGGCCUGUAAACCACUUAUGCUGCCAACAUCAUAUUCAAACCGCUUCUCCCUCGAUGGUUGUCUCCACUGGGGAAGGCGUGUGCGGGAAUCUAGCGCUGGAGAUAUGGGACACACGGCUACAACAGUGAAAGCCCGCGGUGGUGGCAGAGUGAGGGCCCACCACGGAUCGACACCAGUGGAGAUGCAGAGGACGCAGGAGUGGUUGACGGUGGCGCGAAGAGAAAUGUCCGAAAACGGAGAAGAGAAAUUACUCGCUGUGGCGCGGCACAUAGCGAAAACGCUGGGCCACAACAACACCAUGUCUGAUGACAUAUUCCAAAUACUAUCGAACUUCGACGGAAGAUUCUCGAGAGAGAAUCUUUCUGAGAAAGGCGCAGAUGCGGAUCCCAGAGGCUGCGCCGCACUGGAUCAUUCCCUCAAAACCCUAGACCGCCGGAUCUCUCUCUACGUCUCCUCCGACCGCCCUAUCUGGUCCGACGCCGCCGACUCCGCCGCCUUCCUCGACGCCGUUGACAAGCUCGUCGCCGUCGUCGCCGAGUGGAACCACCUCGCCUCCGACAAAGCCGUCGCCGCCUGCCUCGUCCGCGCCGAGGACAUGCUCCAGCACGCCAUGUUCCGCCUCGGGGACGAGUUCCGCUCGCUCAUGGAGCGCGGCGGCGAGUCCUUCGGCCUCACUCGGAGCUACUGGAACGGCGAGUCAACGGAGAAUUUACCGUUCGAGUCAGACGAAGACGAAGAAGAAGAGGAAGCGAGAAACGGAGGAGGAGACAAGGAGGAACAGAUUCCGGUGGCGCUGCCGGUCACCGGCUUCGAUAUCGUCAUCGACGCGCUGCCGUCGGGGACGAUCAACGACCUCCACGAGAUUGCGAAGCGAAUGGUGGCAGGAGGUUUCGGGAAGGAGUGCUCUCACGUGUACAGCAGCUGCCGGAGGGAGUUUCUGGAAGAAAGCGUGUCGAGAUUAGGGUUACAGAAGCUCAGCAUCGAGGAGGUUCACAAGAUGACGUGGCAGGAUCUCGAAGGCGAGAUUGAGAAGUGGAUUAAGGCCUCCAACGUCGCUCUAAAGAUCCUCUUCCCUAGCGAGCGCCGUCUCUGCGACCGCGUCUUCUUCGGAUUCGCCUCCGCCUCGGAUUUCUCCUUCAUGGAGGUCUGCCGCGGAUCCGCGAUUCAGCUGCUGAAUUUCGCGGACGCCGUCGCAAUCGGGAGCCGGUCGCCGGAACGGCUGUUCAGAAUCCUCGACGUGUUCGAGACGCUGCGUGACCUAAUUCCGGAGUUUGAGGCUCUGUUUUCGGACCAGUUCAGUGUGUCGCUCAGGAAUGAAGCGAUUACUAUUUGGAGGAGGUUGGGGGAAGCUAUUAGGGGCAUUUUUAUGGAGCUGGAGAAUUUGAUUCGCCGGGAUCCAGCGAAGAUGGCGGUUCCCGGUGGCGGUCUCCAUCCGAUCACUCGCUACGUGAUGAACUACCUUCGUGCUGCGUGCCGGUCACGCCAGAGCUUGGAGCAAGUAUUUGAAGACUAUGGCUUGAAAGAGUAUACAAAGCUUGAGGAUAGGGUUCCUUCCUCUUCUUCUCUGUCAGUGCAAAUGGAUUGGAUUAUGGAACUGUUAGAAAGCAAUUUGGAAGCAAAGUCCAGGAUUUACAAGGACCCUGCUUUGCGCUAUGUUUUCUUGAUGAAUAAUGGGAGGUACAUUGUUCAGAAGACCAAAGAUAGUGAAUUGGGAACCCUUUUGGGAGAUGAUUGGAUCAGAAAACACGCUGCAAAAGUUAGGCAAUUCCAUGUGCACUAUCAAAGAUGCUCGUGGACUAAGGUAUUAGGGAUUUUGAAGCUUGAUAGUAAUGGCUCAUCAUUGCCCCCUAAUGGCUUGGCAAAGUCAAUGAAGGAGACGCUCAAGUUGUUUAACACAGUUUUUGAGGAGACUUGCAGGGAGCAUUCUUCCUGGUUUGUCUUUGAUGAACAGCUCAGGGAAGAAAUAAGAAUUUCCCUUGAAAAAAUCCUGCUUCCUGCGUAUGGGAACUUUGUUGCGAGGUUUGAGAGUGUUGCGGAGCUUGGAAAGAAUGCUGACAAGUAUAUUAAGUAUGGAACGGAGGAAAUUCAAGCAACACUCAAUGGUUUGUUUCAGGGAAGCAGUGGAUCAACUGGUAGCCGAAAGUGAAGUUGAAGCUGCUACUAGUUGUUCUUGUGUAUUUGUGGUGUAAUUAAAAUUAAAAUACACUGUUUUUUAUCAUAAAAAAAUGUAGUCUUGUAGUCUUGUACUAUAAAUACUGCUGUAUGUUAUUCUGCUUAGCAUCAUUGUGGAGGAUUGAAUAGGAUUUUGAAGUUAAGAGCCGUUUGAGAUACAAAAUUAUCGUUUAUGUUGCAACAUUGAGGUGGUUCUAAUUGAUCAUUGCUUUCAUUCAUCAACUCUUCUUUUGUGCAGUGCUUAGAAUAGUAUAGCAUGUAUUUACUGAAUCAA